AUGGUGAGUGGAUUCACAGAGACCCAUGAAAUUGAUUUCCUGUCUCUUUCAGCGGCCGCCAUUGACUGCUACCACUGUGCCUCCCUCCAAGGUGACCACCAGGAAUGUGAGGAUGUGUUUGCUCGGGACAUCACCACUGAGCACUUGAUUGCCCGGGAGUGCAUGGCCGGUUAUUGGAAAGGCAGUUACUGUAUCAAGCUCAAGGGCAAACGAAUGGACGGAACAUCGAUUUUGAUUCGACAGUGUGCAGUGUCUGACUGGGGCAGUCAUUGUGGACCUAUUGAGUUCGAUGCCAAGGGUAACGAUAACUUCGAGGACAUCGACGGUUGCUUGGAAACGUGUGACUACGACGUUGUACAGGAUUUGAUAGGCAUGGGCGAUCGAUCUUCACUCACGGCAUGGAUGGACAAUUUGCUUGCGGAAAUCCGACAAACAAAUGCUGAAGUGAAGACAGAGCUAGCCACUGCAAAGAUUGCUAUGCAAAUGACGCAAUCAGAUAUGAAAUCCAUUCUGGACGAUGCAAUACAAGGGGGCCUGUUGAAUAUUUCCAAUGCACUGUCUUCGAUGACGACAAACACGUCAAUGGCCAUACAACAGAUGGAGAAAGAAACCAAGAUAAUGAAAGAUCAAUUGGUGAUCCCUGUGAUAUACUUCUACGCCCGGUUACCAGCAGGAUCUUCAUCUGUAUCACAAGGGCAGACUGUCGUUUACACAGUGGUGGAGGUGAACGAAGGUCAAGGAUAUGACUCGGCAACCGGCAGAUUCACUGUGUCGGUCCCUGGACUGUAUGCCUUUGCAGUUCAGACCUGCAUUCCCGCUAAACAGGACAUUUGGCUGGAAAUUGUAAAUCAAAAUAAAACGUUACAAAGGGCUUCCUUCAAUGAGAGGAGUACUGCGUACCCGUGUGUGUCGAUGCAUGUGUUCACCAAGGCUGAUGUGUCCGACCAAAUCUGGGUGAAAGCAGCAUAUUCGAAUUCUCAGUUGUAUUCAGAUGCUUACAGAUACACUUCGUUUUCGGGAACAUUGGUGCACUUGUAAAGACAGCAUUAUCAGUAUGAUAAAUCGCAUCUGAUGAAUAAUAUCGUUUAAUGCAGUAUUGCCAGUGUAUGUUCAGGACUAAGUGAUCUACAUGUAUUACUCGUUUAUAUCGUAGUAUUUGUUUAUGCUUUUGAGAGAAUAAUUAAACGAUGGCAAACCGACUAUCUAAAUGAUGUAAGUAAGCAAACACAUGUAUUUUCUUGUUGUCGUUUCAUUACAAUAUAGGCCAUUGUAAUACAAGCGUGAUUGCGAAAUGAAAUAUGACAAGCCAACACAAAAUAAAAGUACUCAAACUAAA